AAAUAGACUUAUUAUUGCCAUUUAUCCCGCGUCGUAAUAAAGCAGCAAAAAGAAGCACAUUGGCGUAGCGAAAAAAGUUGGCGGCGAUGAAUCGGGGAAACGAUCCCAAUCCGUUUGACGAGGAAGAGCCUGAAGUCAAUCCAUUUUCGAAUGGUGGCAAGUCAAAGUCUCGCAUUCCCAAAGUGGUCGCGAGUACACUCGGUUUUGGUCAGAAACAUGAUGCCACUGUAGAUAUACCAUUAGAUGCUACAAAUGAUCCAAGGAAAAAGGAGAAAGAACUUGCCACAUGGGAAGCAGAUUUAAAUAAAAGAGAGAGGGAAAUUAAACGGAGAGAAGAUGCUGUUACUAGUGCUGGUGUUCCUGUGGAUGAUAGAAACUGGCCUCCAUUUUUUCCCAUUAUCCAUCAUGAUAUAGCCAAUGAAAUACCCAUUCAUGCUCAGAAGUUACAGUAUCUGGCUUUUGCAAGUUGGUUAGGGAUUGUAAUUUGCCUUGUAUUCAAUGCCAUUGCAAUCACCGUUUGCUGGAUAAAGGGUGGUGGAGUCAAAAUUUUUCUCCUUGCCAUAAUCUAUGCCCUGAUGGGAUGCCCCAUCUCAUAUGUGCUGUGGUACAGGCCUCUAUAUCGUGCAAUGAGGACUGAUAGUGCACUGAAGUUUGGGUGGUUUUUCAUGUUCUACAUGCUUCACAUUGGUUUUUGCAUUUUUGCUGCAAUUGCACCUCCAAUCGUCUUUCAUGGAAAAUCAUUAACUGGCAUCCUUGCAGCUGUUGAUGUCUUUUCUGACGAUGUCCUUGUUGGGAUCUUUUACCUGAUUGGGUUUGCAUUUUUUUGCUUGGAAUCACUGCUGAGUUUAUGGGUACUCCAGAAAGUAUAUACAUAUUUCAGGGGACAGAAAUGAUAAAUUGGAAGGCAUCUGAAAGUUGCGGUUGAGUGCCCAAGUAAAUAGAUUUACUUCCCUUGGUUUGAUUCGGCCACAUCUUUUGUAAUAUGGGGAAAUAUAAUCUGUUAUCUAGUAGUCAUCACAUCUGUAUCACUUCAAAAAAAAUUAGGUUCAUUUGUAACUGAACACAAGCUUUUAUUGCUUAAAGACGUGCUUAUUUCUUUUA